AUGGGCUUGGGCGCUGCGAUAGAGCCGCUUGUGGUGGCUACAUUACUCUUCGGAGGCACAUGGGUGAAUCGAAACACAGAGUACCGACUGUUUGGCCGUCAAAGAGGCCAUGCGUCUUCUCCACGUUCCUCAUCGCCAGGUUCCUCUGAUUCGGGGCGUUCAUCUCCUUCGUCGAGUUCGAGCGCGUCACUACUAAGCAACGUCGACGAUGUACCAAAAUGGCGGAAACGCGAAAUACGGUUCCUGGGACAGAGGAAAGAAGUCGUGUCGCCGAACACGAAAAGAUUCCAAGACUAUUUCCUGAGUAGGCUGUUGCAGAAAUUCCCGUUCUUUGUGGAAGCUUGGUAUUGGUUCUUGAUAUACUGGGUCUACCAACUAGGUCGUGCAUUCACCGCCGUAACAAUGGUUGAAGGCACCGUCAACGUCGCGCGCCGCCACGCCCUCCAACUCAUCCACCUCGAACAACGCCUGCACAUCUUCCACGAGCUGUCCGUACAACACUGGUUCCUCCAGCACCCCACACUGCUCCACUGGACAAAUCGCGUCUACUCCUUCAUCCACAUCCCCGGCACCAUCCUCUUCCUCAUCGUCCUCUUCUACUACACCACAACACCGACCCGCAUCGACCUGCCCCUACACAACCGCGAAACAUCCAGCCCGCCCGCCGGCCCAAAACUCUACGCCGCCCGCCGCCGCACAAUGGCCGUCUGCAACCUCCUCGCCUUCAUCGUCUUCACGCUCUGGCCCUGCAUGCCCCCGCGCCUCCUCUCAGACCGCGACGUCCCCGGCGCCGUCGGAAAAGAAGCGCGCAGCUACGGCUUCGUGGACACAGUACAUGGCGCAGAAGGCGAAAGUAGCGUCUGGACGCAGAAUAGAUUCUGCAACCAGUACGCCGCCAUGCCGUCCCUGCACUUCGGCUACUCCCUCCUCAUCGGCUUGACAAUAUGCUCCAUCCCGCUCGCGCCACAGCACCAGCGCUCCCGCAGCGUAUUCGUGACGCGCAGUUUGCGCCUGAGGAUCCCGAGUGCGAGGCGCAUGGCGUGUUUGGCUGUCGGCAUUGCGUAUCCGACUAUCAUUUUGAUUGCGAUUGUAGCCACGGCUAAUCACUUCCUGCUCGAUGCUGUGGCUGGGGCGGUGGUGUGCGGGCUCGCUUGGACGGGGAAUAAGGUGCUGUUGAAUCUUCUGCCGCUGGAGGAUUACUUUAUGUGGCUGGUGCGCAUUCAUAAACCUGAGCGUAGGGCUGUGCUGGGUGAGGACGGGGAGGGGGAAGAUGGAUUUACGCGGGAGGUUAUGGGGAAGGGCGUUGUUGUUGAUUAG